UCUCCGUGCAGCUACAUAUCAAGGCAAAGAGAGAGAGAGAGGCAAAGAGAGAGAGAGAAAGGCAAAGAGAGAGAGAGAAAGGCAAAGAGAGAGAGAGAAAGGCAAAGAGAGAGAGAGAAAGGCAAAGAGAGAGAGAGAAAGGCAAAGAGAGAGAGAGAAAGGCAAAGAGAGAGAGAGAGAAAGGCAAAGAGAGAGAGAGAAAGGCAAAGAGAGAGAGAGAGAAAGAGAGAGAGAGAGGGGCAAAGAGAGAGAGAGAAAGGCAAAGAGAGAGAGAGGCAAAGAGAGAGAGAGAGGCAAAGAGAGAGAGAGAGGCAAAGAGAGAGAGAGAGAGGCAAAGAGAGAGAGAGAGAGGCAAAGAGAGAGGCAAAGAGAGAGAGAGAGAGGCAAAGAGAGAGGGAGAGAGGCAAAGAGAGAGGGAGAAAGGCAAAGAGAGAGAGAGAAAGGCAAAGAGAGAGGCAGAGAGAGAGAGAAAGGCAAAGAGAGAGAGGCAAAGAGAGAGAGAGAGGUAAAGAGAGAGAGGCGGAGAGAGAGGCAAAGAGAGAGAGAGAGAGAGAGGCAAAGGGAGAGAGAGAGAGAGGCAAAGAGAGAGAGAGGCAAAGAGAGAGAGAGAGAGGCAAAGAGAGAGAGAGAGAGGCAAAGAGAGAGAGAGAGAGGCAAAGAGAGAGAGAGAGAGGCAAAGAGAGAGAGAGAGAGGCAAAGAGAGAGAGAGAGAGGCAAAGAGAGAGAGAGAGAGGCAAAGAGAGAGAGAGAGAGGCAAAGAGAGAGAGAGAGAGGCAAAGAGAGAGAGAGAGAGGCAAAGAGAGAGAGAGAGAGAGGCAAAGAGAGAGAGAGGCAAAGAGAGAGAGAGAGAGAGAGGCAAAGAGAGAGAGAGGCAAAGAGAGAGAGAGAGGCAAAGAGAGAGAGAGGCAAAGAGAGGGAGAGAGGCAAAGAGAGAGAGAGAGGCAAAGAGAGAGAGAGAGGCAAAGAGAGAGAGAGAGGCAAAGAGAGAGAGAGAGGCAAAGAGAGAGAGAGAGAGAGGCAAAGAGAGAGAGAGAGAGGCAAAGAGUGGCAAAGAGAGAGAGUGGCAAAGAGAGAGAGAGGCAAAGAGAGAGAGAGAGGCAAAGAGAGAGAGAGAGGCAAAGAGAGAGAGAGAGAGGCAGAGAGAGAGAGAGGCAAAGAGAGAGAGAGAGAGAGGCAAAGAGAGAGAGGCGGAGAGAGAGGCAAAGAGAGAGAGAGGGAGAGAGAGAGGCAAAGAGAGAGAGGCGGAGAGAGAGGCAAAGAGAGAGAGAGGGAGAGAGAGAGAGAGAGAGAGAGGCAAAGAGAGAGAGAGAGAGGCAAAGAGAGAGAGGCAAAGAGCAGCUCAAGUUCAACAGGGGAUACCACAGAAACAGCUACAACAGCAUCUCCAGUGCCCAGCCCUGUGAUCUGAGAGUGUGUUUGUGUUCCCACGCAGGGCACUGCCUGCGUAGCACGUAG